CGUUGGAGCGUUAUUGUGGGAAAUUGCAGAAUUAAAAAAACCUCAUUCUGAUCUUGACAAAUCAGAAAUACUUAAUAGCGUUAGAAAACGUAUGCGAGAAAGAUAUUAUGAACCCCUUUCAGAUGAUGUGCCCUUCGAAUGGAAGGAUAUGGUAUCUACUGGUGAGUAA